AGACAGAAUCAAAUGACAAAUAAUUUAGUGUUGUGUUUGGAUUUGGGUUACUUUUUAGUGAUAAUUAAUGGAAAUUUUUGAAGAAAUGUUUCCAAAUUAAAGCCGUUACUUAUUGAUAACAAAGUUCAUAGUAGUGGUAAUGAACUGUUUGAUUUGAUAUAAACAACUUGUAUAGCGGAAGAUAAUAAAGAUGCAAGCUACAACAACAGAAAUCGUAUUUCUAUUCAUAGAUAAUGACACUUGCCUAACGUCUAAAAAAUCCAAUAAAACGGUAAUAAGUAACGUUUACGAAGGUAUUCCAGAGACUAUUGUCUUGAAUGUUGUAUGCUGGUUAUUACUUAUCAUAUUAUUUGCCAUAUUGAGAAACAGAGCUUGGGAUUAUGGAAGAUUAGCGCUUGUCCACACUGAAAAAUGGACGCAACUUUUUUAUAAAAACACCGAUGAUGCUGUUGCUGUUGAAGAAUCCAGUCACGAAGUGUCAUUGAUACCCGACACUGGUUGUUUGUGGUUCCCGUCAAUUUUUAAAAUCAAUCGUGAGCGAAUAUACGCUAGAUGUGGACCAGAUGCUUCGCAUUAUCUUUCAUUUCAAGAGCAACUAUUGCUCUUAAUGACGGUCAUAACAUUGUUUUCGAUUUGUGUAAUUCUACCCAUUAAUUUCCAAGGCCCACUGCAAGGAGAUAAAACAACUUUUGGUCACACAACUAUUAGUAAUCUUCCAUCUGAUUCAAAAUGGUUAUGGGUGCAUAUUGCUGGAUCAAUUGCUGUCGUACCUUUGAUGAUAUUUAUAAUGAGAAAAUCUACAGGAAGGCUGCGAACAUACUCUCAUUUAUCGUCAAGAUCAUUAAUGGUCACAAACAUAUCGAAACAGCACAGAAAUCCAGUAGACAUAAAAAAUUACUUCACUGUCAGAUAUCCUGGUAUUGAAGUAAAAGAUGUAAAAAUGGCUCACAAAGUUAAGAAGCUGACGCUGUUGGAACAAGAAAGAGAAAAGGUUCAUGAAGCGAGAAUGUAUUGCUUAAGUAAUAUUCAAAGAAGUGAAAUUAAAAUUCAACCUAAAGGCUGCAUCGCUUGUUGUCCCUGCAAAACAAUCAAUGCAUUGGAAUAUUACACGGCCCAAGAAGAGAAGCUGAACCAUUUGGUAACGGUAGAGAGAAGAAAAGCUCUGGAGAGUCCAUUAGGGAUUUGUUUCGUCACAUUGAACUCUGAAGAAAUGGCACAAUACGUUAUUAGAUCAUUUGAAGCUGGUACUCAUAGAAACUGGGUUAUAUUCAAGGCCCCAUCACCCUCCGAUAUUAACUGGGAAAAUCUGGAAAUUUCAUACAGGAACUGGUAUUCCAAGGCGAUUAUUAUCAAUGUAGUUCUUUUUAUAAUAUUAUUCUUUUUGACAACUCCUGUAAUUGUGGUAAACUAUUUAAUUAACAUUACUAACGCUCAAGAAAAUUUUAUAAAUAACAGCCCUGUGCUCUCAGAAUUCUUACCCACAUUACUUCUGUUGUCUAUGUCUGCUGUAAUGCCUGUAAUGGUUGCGUAUUCUGACGAAUGGAUGUCACACUGGACUAAAUCCAAACAAAAUCACGCAACAAUGUAUAAAACAUUCAUCUUCCUGUUAUUCAUGGUACUUAUACUACCUUCUCUAGGUCUAACUAGCAUUCAAGCACUUGUGGAAUUUGACUCUUGGUCUGGGCAUUCCAACUUUACUGUAAGAUGGGAAUGCAUAUUUUUAGCCGAUAAAGGCGCGAUUUUUGUAAACUAUGUCAUAACAUCUGCCCUAAUCGGUACAGCUUUGGAAUUAUUAAGAUUUCCAGAAUUAGCCAUGUAUGUUUACAGGCUAUUGCUCAUAAAAUCUGAAGCUGAGAAAACGAGUAUUCGAAAGGAGAUAUUGUCAGUUUUUCCUUUUGGAAUACACUAUGCUUGGACGUUGCUUAUUUUUACAAUAUGCACGGUGUACAGUUUAACUUGUCCAUUAAUAACACCUUUUGGCUUGCUAUAUUUGUGCUUGAAGCACCUCGUGGAUAAAUAUAACAUCUAUUACGUUUACAGGCCCAUUACUAUGUCUGGAGAAGGACAAAGAAUUCACGAAGAUGCUGUCAAAAUGGUUAGAAUUGCCGUCCUUUUGUUACAAUUAAUAACAGCCCUAUUUUUCUUUUUAAGAGCCAAGUUAAACGCUACAACGUGCAUUGCUUUCUUAGGGUUCGCAAUUACGGCGGUAUUUUUCUUCUUCAUUGAACCUUUUCCUAUUUGCAAACCUUCGUCGGCAAAUCCGUUAGAAUUGCCCUCAAUUCAUGAGGAGUAUAUUGCCCCAGUUCUAGUUAGCUCUAGCUCUAUUGAGCCAGUAGACGCUGAUAGAGUCUCCCCGACAUUUUAUGGCUCAUCAAAUCCUAACUCUAAUAAUGUUACAUUACCAGAAAGUGGUACCAGCGAGGCGUAAAUUAUUCAUGUGAAUAAUAUUUUUGAGGCUGUGAUAAUAGUAAAACAUGUUUUACAGGGUUCAUGCUCAUUAUUAUUGUGCGAGGGAUGAUACUUUCAUUUGCAUAUCAUUCUAGAAUCUAGAUUGUAAACAAUAAUUAAUCCAGUUUAUUUAUCAUCAUAAUGUUCUAUAAAGCAUUAACUAAAUGUUUGUAAUAAUGUUCAUUUAAUGUUUAAUAAAAUGCGAAUAGAAUUUUGCAGUAUUAAAGUUUGUAAAAACAAUUUAAUCGAGUGGUUGAGAUCUUGCCCCCACACACAUUAUCUUCCAUAUUUUAUUUAUCUAAUUCAGAUCUAAUUGCUCUAAAAUUCAUCACAAAAACAAGUCUUAGUAAAAACUACGCACAACUGACUCUAAAUUUUAACUGUAUUUAAAAUCUUCAUACCUACAUUUAUUAGUUAACGUGAAUAAUAUUUUUAGAACGAUAGAAUUCUUGAACUAAUAUAUCAACGUUUUAAAGUUAGUAAAAAUAAAUGUUUAAGAGUAUAAGGCAGCUCUAAUAGAAAAUAGGUAUAUAGUUUACUAAUCUAACAUUGUUACAGAAUAUUCUACGAAAUUUGUUUUUUUUUAGUUAGUCAAUUUUUGCAGCAUUUUACUUUCGUGUGUCGUAAAAUUAGAUUUUUUUUAGAUUAAAAUGUUAAUGUAUGUUGAUGUAAAAAAUAAGCAAUUCAAAAAUAGAUUGAUGGCUUUAUGCUUUUUAACUGGUGCUUCAUGUAUUAUAGCAUAAUUUCUUUUGAAUAUUUUAUAUAAUUGUAAGCGACUGAUGUAUAUUAAAAGAUUGUAUUUUUACUAAUUUAAGGUUUGUUUCAAUAAAAAUAAGUAUUUGCCUAAAAAUGUUAAUAACUUGGGUUACCGUAAAUUGCUAAAUAAAGCGUGGUGCUGUAUUGCAUAUUUUUUUGAAACAAACUACUCGUUACAAACGUAUGUUUAGAGAUUUUAUUUGAUGGAAUAUCUAAAUCAACGUUGAGUAAUAAUAAUUUAUAUAAUUAUUUAAUAUAUGCUGUUGAAUUGAAUUAAUAAUUUAUAUCGUAAAAAACCGUUAUUGUGAAAUAAAUUUUUCGCUUCUUAAAAAUAAUGCAGUUACCUAUUUUUUUCUACAAAAUACGUACUAUUCAACAUUUAUUUAA